AUGAACCUUUCUACCAAGCUUCUGGCUGAAGCACCUACAAGAUCAAGAGCGCAGAACACAGCUGCAGCGGCACCAGAGACGAAACCAAGAAAGGCCAAUAGCGAGGUGCGCAAACAGCAGAACAGGAUAGCGUCGCGCAACUACCGAGAGAAGCGCAAACGCAAGCUCCAACAGCUACAACAGCUACUCGAAGACGAUGACCUAGGUGAUCAACAGGGACAUACAAGGUCGACGAGCCCUUACGAUGAUUGGUCUUGUUCGGGAUCAGUCCGGUAUGAGCGUUCUAUAGCAAGCUCGUCCCCUCACAUCACAGUUUUGCCAGGCAACUUCAGCUCCCCACAAUCUGAUCACGCAACAAUACCCGAGCAGGCAUGGAGUACGGCUGUCACAUCGGCUACUGAAGAACCACUCUUGUACACCCAUCCGUACUACGAACCAUUCCUGCAAACAACAGCGCACAACGUCGGCACUUCUACAGCUACAAGCUAUCCGGCCUGGAACACAAUACCAUGGACCGCCGGUACAGGCUACUCCACCCCAAAUGUGUCUUAUCACUCGACGUACCCAUCGCAUGCAUCGCUCUGGCCGCCGUCUGGGUUCGAAACUAUGUAUGCCCACGCAGUGCAUCAACAACAGGCAGUAUCAAGUACAAGUUCCUACGUACCUUCGUGGCAGUAUCACGCAAGCGAGGAGUUGCCAGCUGGAAUUGCAUUAGAUCCUUAUGGCAGAAGGUAUCAUCCGUAUGAGCCAUGUUAA